AGUCGUGGAUCACUGCUGCAGUAAGGCAUAAUGUUCAAUAUUUGAGUAUUGAGCUUCCAGACUUGAGAGGACAAUUUUCAUUGCCUCAUUGUGUGUUUACUUGUGAGACACUGGCAUACUUUUUCCUUGAAGUGCCAUGUAUCUUCAAAUUCCCUCCUGUAAUCUGUUUAUCAAAUCUAAAGACAUUGCAUUUCAAAAGUGUUACAUUUUCGGAUGAUUACACAACCCAGCAGUUUUUUUCUGAUCUGCCAGUCCUUCAGAAAUUGGAUUUAGAAAAGUGCAGAUGGGACCCAUUGGGGUCUCACAAAGUUCUGAGUAUUUCUGCCCCCUACCUUCAUUCUCUAACCAUAAUCGAAGCUGAAAUGGAGAAUCUGUGCGAUGGUGAUGGCUGUCAGAUUAUGAUUUUUGGAGCUAGUCUCAAAGUUUUUUCUUACACAGGUGAUUUCUUCAAUGAAUAUUUGUUAUAUAACUCAUUCUCACUAAAAGUAGCAGAAAUUGGUGAUACUGGUGGCUCCGAAGACUGGGAAACUGAUGAGAAGGGAAGACAACUUGCUUACCGCAUGUUUAAGCUGCUUAUAGGGCUCCCUAAUAUAAAAUGCCUAAGACUAUUCGCUUAUGCUGUUAAGGAUUUAUCAUAUGCAGUAGAACUCCUACUUAAUAUUCCUAUCUUCAAAAACUUGACGUAUUUGGAAUUUGGGCUGGUAGAUCUUGACUGUGCAGCACUAUUAAAGAUAUUGCAAAAAAUUCUCCCCGUCUUGAGACCCUGACUUUUUUUAAGGAUAUUGAUCUGUUGUCCGAUUGUGAGAAAGAUGAUAUCAUAUUGUAUCCAGUGCUUUCAUGUUUCUCGUCCCAUCUCAAGUGCAUUAAAGUCUGUAGUUAUGAUGGAAAUAAGGACCUUUAUGCGGUAAAGAUUUUGUUCAAGAAUGCAGUUGUUUUGGACGAAAUGGUUAUAACUUUUAAAGAAUCUGUUGCAGAGAACUUAGAGAUUCAACAAAAUCUCUACAAACAACUGAUAGAGCUCCCUAAAGGGUCACCAAAUUGUAAAAUUGUUUUGGAAUGAGCUUUGUUUGAACUCUUGCUCUCCAAAAAGAAGCCAUUAAUCCCUGUUUCUUGGAAGAUGUAAAAGUGUGGCUUGUUAGCCUUUUACCCUACCUAGGCAACUUGUUAUUGAAUGCCGGUUUAUGUAUUUGUGACAAUUAGUUUUGAAUCCUCCAAAUUUGUAAGCUUAUGCUAAUUUUAAUGUUUUCAGUGUAUUUUUCUUUUAUUUC